AUGCCAGAAGUGACAGCAAAUUGUUUAUGUAGUCAAGACAAUGCUCAUGAAGAUGGUAUUUGGGCAGGUGCUUGGACAAAAAGUUUAAAAGAUGGUUCGGAACAUAUAAUCAGCGGCUCAAUCGAUGAUAAAGUUAAAAUAUGGUCAUGGUAUAAAGAAAAACUCGAAUUAAAAUAUACAUGUACAGGUCAUCGUCUUGGUAUUGUUUCAGUUGAUGUUAAUCCACAAGGAACAGUCGUAGCAACAUGUGCACUUGAUGCACAAAUAAAAUUAUGGGAUAUUGAAAGUGGAAAACUUAUUCGUGAUAUUGAUGCAACUCCAGUUAAUGCUUGGAGUUUGGCAUUUUCACCUGAUGGACAAUAUCUUGCUACAGGAAGUUUUGGUGGCAAAGUUGAUUUGUACAAUGCUGAAAACGGUCAAAAAGAAAAAACAUUAGAUACACAAACGAAAUUUGUCUUAAGUGCUAUUUAUAGUCCUGAUGGAAAAUUACUUGCAUGUGGCUCACAAAAUGGUUUCGUAAAUAUUUUCGAUGUAGCAACUGGGAAAUUAUUACAUACAGUCGAAGGUCAUGCUAUGCCCAUUCGUGCAUUAUGUUUUUCACCGGAUUCUCAAGUUUUAGCUUCAGCAUCUGAUGAUUGCCAUAUACGACUUCAUGAUAUACAUAGCGCUCAACCAACAACUGUCAGUACAUUAUCGGGCCACAGUUCAUGGGUGCUGAGUGUAGCAUUCAGUUCAGAUAAUCAACAUUUAAUUUCGUCUUCAUCGGAUAAAUCAGUUAAGAUUUGGGAUACAAAAGCCAAACGAUGCGUUUAUACGUCUGCUGAACAUUCCGAUCAAGUAUGGUGUGUUAGAUUUAAUUAUUCGGGUACACAAUUCGUAUCCAUGUCACAAGACAAAAGAUGGAAUUCGCUUGAACGUUUACCCUCGAAUAAUCAAUAUAAUGAUGAAGCCACUUAUGUUUACGGAGGUUUUUUAAAUUUUUUACAAAGAGUGUUUGUUGAUAAAGUAAGUGAAAAUCAAAUUGAAUUAAAUACUAUUGUUAAACGUGUUUCUAUUCACGAAGAAGAACAAUAUGUUGACAUUGAAGUUAUUAAAAGUAAUCAACAACAAGUAACUUAUCAAGCUAAACAUGUUAUUUGUACACAAUAUGUUGGCUGUCUUAAACAAUCCAUGCAUCAAACGUUUAUACCACCAUUGCUACAUGCUAAACGAAUGUAUAUACAAAAAUUAGUCUUUAGCACAAUUAAUAAAGUUUGUUGA